AAGCUGACAGCAAGGGAACGGAUUCUUCUUCUGCUGGACCCUGACAGUUUUGAGGAAUAUGACAUGUUUGUGGAACACAGGUGCUCUGACUUUGGGAUGGAUUCUAGUAAGAAUAAGUACCCUGGGGACAGCGUGGUGACCGGCCGCGGGAGGAUUAACGGGAGGCUGGCGUAUGUCUUCAGCCAGGAUUUUACUGUAUUUGGAGGCAGUUUAUCUGGAGCUCAUGCCCAGAAGAUCUGCAAGGUCAUGGAUCAGGCUGCCAUGGUUGGAGCCCCUGUGAUUGGGCUGAAUGACUCUGGAGGAGCCCGUAUCCAGGAGGGAGUGGAGUCCUUGGCAGGCUAUGCAGACAUAUUUUUGAGAAAUGUUCUGUGUUCUGGGGUAGUUCCACAGAUCUCCCUCAUCAUGGGUCCUUGUGCUGGUGGAGCUGUGUAUUCACCUGCUCUGACUGAUUUCACUUUCAUGGUGAAGGACACAUCCUAUCUGUUCAUCACUGGCCCAGAUGUAGUAAAGUCUGUGACCAAUGAAGACGUCACUCAGGAGCAGCUUGGGGGGGCAAAGACACACACUACAGUGUCUGGGGUUGCACACAGAGCCUUUGAGAACGACAUAGAUGCUUUACUUCACCUCAGAGAGUUCUUCAAUUAUUUACCUCUCAGCAACAGAGAUCCAGCCCCAGUCUGUGAGUGCCAUGACCCCAGCGACCGCCCGGUUCCUGAGCUGGACACUGUGGUCCCACCUGAAUCCACCAAGGCCUACGACAUGCUGGACAUCAUACACUCACUGGUUGACGAGAGGGAGUUCUUUGAGGUGAUGCCCUCCUACGCCAGGAACAUCGUCGUGGGCUUUGCCAGGAUGAACGGACGAACUGUUGGCAUAGUGGGCAACCAACCCAAAGUGGCAUCAGGGUGCUUGGACAUAAACUCUUCUGUGAAAGGAGCGCGCUUCGUUCGCUUCUGUGACGCCUUCAACAUCCCACUCAUCACUUUCGUGGACGUCCCUGGGUUUCUGCCAGGUACAGCUCAGGAGUACGGUGGAAUCAUACGCCACGGCGCAAAGUUACUGUUUGCCUUUGCAGAAGCCACUGUGCCUAAAAUCACUGUCAUCACCAGAAAGGCCUACGGGGGUGCCUACGACGUGAUGAGCUCCAAGCACCUGAGGGGAGACGUGAACUACGCCUGGCCCACGGCAGAGGUGGCAGUCAUGGGUGCCAAGGGUGCCGUCCAGAUCAUUUUCAGAGGGAAGGAGGCUGAUGCAGAGGCAGAAUACGUGGAGAAGUUUGCAAACCCCUUUCCUGCAGCCAUGAGGGGGUUUGUUGAUGAUAUCAUCCAACCUUCCACCACGCGCCUGCGCAUCUGCCAGGACCUGGAUGUGCUGGCCAGUAAAACCCAGAGCAGCCCCUGGAAGAAACAUGCCAACAUCCCCCUCUGAGUGUGAGGGGCCUGGCCCUGCUGGAG